AUGACAGUGCACUUACUUAACGACCCAACACUCACUUUACACUCUGUCUUCGAUUUAUCAAAACAGAUCUUCUUGGAACCUGAAGACUUCAUCCCAACAGAAACAGAUAAGUUCAUUUGGUCCAGUGUUUUAAACAACUCGCAACCAUUCUCCGUCGCAAUAUAUGAAAAAGUAUUAACUGCACUUCACAACCAAUGGAUGUCUUACUCAUCGAUCUCUCAACCAACAUCCCCACAACCAGUCAAUGAGUUACACCCAUCUCCGCCAUCCCCUCAUCCCCAAGAAGAAACAACAACACCAAACAAUUCGCCAGUCGAUAAAUCGGAACAAAUACAAAACAGUGUUCUACCCGUCAUGACUCCUCAAAAACAAAGAAGACCCCGAUUACCAGAGAAAGGAAGUUUAAAAAGCAAGUCGUUACAAUGCAUACCGUAUUCCACAGAGUUACUUGCAAGAGGUGAAAUUGCCCUCAGAGGAAGAAAAGCGUUGAAAAUCAAUACCACACAAAAGUCACAACAGAACGAAUGGAAACUUUUUGAAACAAUUUUAAGCCACAAAACAAAGAAAGCGAAUGUGAAGGCAUUUGAUGAUAAUACACCACAAGAAAAUCUGAAAUGCAUUACAAAGGAUUUAACACAAGAAAACACACACGAUAACGUUGGGAAUACAAAGGAACAAGAACAAAACAGGAGUGGUGUUGUGGACCAAUACUUAUUAAUGAAAAAGCAGCGAAAUGAAAUGUGUGGUGGGCGACUGAAUAUAUCGCUCAACGACGAUGCCGAGGGAAUCACAAUUGGAACGAUCAAAGAAAUGAUGCGAGGCGAUAUGAGUCAGAUCUUUGUUCAAAAACAGAAGGAGUAUUACAACGGUUUAAUGAUCCUCACUGGACUCUAUUUGAAUGUCAUUCGUCAUUAUAUAAGAACAGAAUAUAUCGCAACAUACACAAAAGCAUUAAAAAGUAUCGAUAACAUCAUUCCAUCUAUUAUGUCACUUGAAAGGAGAGUCAUGCGAAUAUUCAGUGUGAACGAUGGGCAAGACGACGUUGAAAAGGUGAUGGCGUGGUAUGGCAAAGAACUGGUGAGUUACUCUGUGUUUAUUGAGAAGUUUUAUCGCAUCCAGAAGAUCGGAGAACUACAAAGCGUCGCACAACUCUCAUCUGAAUUUGAGAGUGGAAAAAUCGAAUGGGAGGCGAAAGGAUACCAUGUACCCCCCUUCAUGGAAUUAUUAGAGUCGCCAAUUCAACAAUAUGGCCGGAUUGGCGUGUACAUCACUCACAUCAUGAACACCAAACCAAUCAGUCCAAACGUGAAAACAGCUGCGCAGAUGUACAUUGAUGUGACUGAGAGUAUUGGCGGUUAUGAAGUGAAAAAGGUUUCAAAGACCUUUUCGGAAGACUUCUCGCGUAAAGACCGUAAGUUAGUGUGGUUUGGUGGGAUCAGAUUGUCUUCGAAAGAGUAUAAAGGGAAAGAGUGGCGCUUAUGUGUGUUAUUCAAUGAUAUCUUUGUCAUCGGCAAAGUCGAUAUUAGAGAUGACUUUAAGUCCGAGAAAGAUGUCUUACUCAAAUUUGAGAAUUCUCCGUUUGGCAAGAAGAUCGAAGAGCUUGAAAAGUACAAAUGCAGAGUGGAGUCCAAAUUAAUAGUAUCUAACAUCAAAGUGUGUUCGAUGAAGAAUCAGACUUUUGUGAUCAACAACAUCAUGUGCACUUGUUCAAGUACUCAACAAAAAGUAUGUUGGGAAGAUGCGUUCAAGUCCGUCAAACCACAGUUACUUCUCUAG